CGCCGGAGCUGGUGAAAAGCGCUUAGAAGCCGGCGGAGUGUGGGUACCUCUUGCGUUCCCGGGGACCGUCGUCCGUGAUACAGCAGUGCGGCCAUGGCAGAACCACAGCCCGCGUCCGGUGGCCUCACCGACGAGGCUGCCCUCAGCUGUUGCUCCGACCCGGACCCCAGCACCAAGGAUUUUCUCUUGCAGCAGACUAUGCUGCGAAUUAAGGAUCCUAAGAAGUCACUGGAUUUUUAUACGAGAAUUCUUGGAAUGACACUACUCCAGAAACUUGAUUUCCCCACUAUGAAAUUUUCACUCUACUUCUUGGCUUAUGAGGAUAAAAAUGACAUCCCAAAAGAUAAAGAUGAAAAAGUAGCAUGGGUAUUCUCCAGAAAAGCUACACUUGAACUGACACACAAUUGGGGCACGGAAGAUGAUGAGACCCAGAGUUACCACAGUGGCAAUUCAGACCCUCGAGGAUUUGGUCACAUUGGAAUUGCUGUUCCCGACGUUCACGGUGCUUGUAAAAGAUUUGAAGAGCUGGGAGUCAGAUUUGUGAAGAAGCCUAAUGACGGUAAAAUGAAAGGCCUGGCAUUUAUUCAAGAUCCUGAUGGUUACUGGAUUGAAAUUUUGAAUCCCAACACAAUGAUAACUAUUAUUUAGUUCUGUGAGAAUGCGGAUUUGAAAUUUCAGUGGAGACAUUGUAGAAGGUAAAACAGGAAAUCAUGUGAUUCAGGAUAUUCAGACAACAGAAGCGUCCAGGACUGAUGGAGCCUUGUCCCAACUCAGAUUAUUCUCAGAUCUAUCUCCCUUUCCUUUUUCAGCUGUUUCCCCUAACUGUUCAGUCAUCCUAGUUUUAAUGUAGUGCCUUGUCUUAUGUCCUUGAAUAUAGUUGUAUAACUUUACUUUUUUAGGCAAUAAUUAGAACAGUUCCCUUCAGAGGCUGCAUUUGCCUUCCAUCUCCUGAAGAGAUACAAGUCUACAAGUCUGCCUUUGAACCAUCAUUUAAAAUAAAAAAAACACUGAACAUGUUUUUGUUAUGGUUACCUUCUGGGGUUUCAGUUCCUCAGAAGUAACUUUUGACAAUGAGAAGUUAAAAACCCUGAACAAAAAUGAGGCUUCACGUAUAUUUCAAACAGUAUAAAGUUUAUUUUACAAAAGAGAAGUGACUCUCGGGAGAAAUUCAGAAUCAUGCUGACACGGAUGCAGAUAGAAAUAUUAAUUUCUUCUUUAGAGAGUACUCUGAAAGUUCAAGGACUAGCCUCUGUGGGGAUGGGGAGGAUGGGAAUAUUAUAUACUGGUUAUGCAGACACAAACUAGACUGUCACGUACUUUAUCUCACUUAAUCCUCCACAGUGUCCUGUGAGAUAGAAAGGAGGCUAACAUGCAAAUUUAAUGAAUCCAAGGCAAUAUAAAUAGGCUCAAGUGCUCAAGAUCUCAUCACCAUCAUCAUCACUUUUAGUAUUUCGCUGUACCUCACAUCUCCUUCAUUAGUCUUCUUUGUAAAAACCUUUGGUGAGUUUGAGCAUUGCCCUCUCAGCUUUGGAGCCUUGAGUACCAUGGUGAGGAAGAAGCAGGGGAGGAAGUCAGGAGCACACGGCUGCUCUGGGAAUGCCCGGCCGUCCCUGUGCAGGUGGUGCUUGUGUUACUUGUGAAGAGCCCUACCCCAAGGUCUUCCGCAUGCCAGUAAUCAUGUAGGAUACAGUACGUUCAGUGAUAACAUAACUUAGUUAUCGGAAAUCAGCUCAGUGGUCUUCCUUGCCAUGACUGAUGGGUUUUUAAAACCAAACUGAUGUUGAAAAUUUCUUAUGGCACAGAUAAUAAGAACAUCCAGUUUGUGGCUUAACUGCAUUUGGAUUUUGUGCGUGUGUGCAGACACUGUUGGAAGACCUUAGGAUAGGCCAUGCCAACUGUGCUUACGCUGUUAGAAGCAUUUUAUAUCUCCUUUUUGGAUGGAAUGGGUUUAUGUGAGCUAUUUGAACAAGUGGCAAUACUCACAGACUGAAAUAAAACAAAAAUUUAGAUAAGACUAUGCUUAAUUUGUAAACUUCUAUCUUCUACAUUCUUUCUUUAAAAAAAAAAGAAAAGAAAAACUGCCCUUGAGAAGUACUACAAGGAUUUGAAGGGGCUUGCAGACUCAUCGAGAACUGGGAAUAGUUUGUAAUUCUCUACAUCCAGCAAAGCACACAGUUUCUAUGAAUAAUGAAGAGUGAGGAAGAUGAGAAGAGGAAAGGAGAUAAGGGUGAAGGAUUUUGAUAGAAAAAGUGCAGAGGAGAAGAAAGGCGAAAUGUCAAAAGUGAGUUGUGGUUAAGCAAUGCUAGUACAUUUUGGGUUAAUGGGUUAUUAGAUUCAUAAAUAAGCCUCUAGUGGGAGGGUUAUUAGAUUCAUAAAUUUAAUCAUUUAAACCUUACUCCCACAGAAAGAAGCCUUCUCUGCCUGCUAAGUAAAACUUGCCAAAAAGAUAGCCCUUGCUUAUUCUCGAAGUUCAUCCUUAGAUAUGUUGAAAAAAUAUGUGUUGUAUCACCAGGCUUUGCUAGGGAUUAGGAAAACUCACUUCUAAAUUAAUUUACCUGAGCAGUGGUAUCAUGAAAGGAUGAAUUAGAGCACAAGAAAUGUUCUUGCUUUCCAUGAUUGGACAGCAAGACUGUAUAGCUCACUGUCAAUGUGAAAUAAAUCAGUCUCUCAGGAACCCUACACAGCUAAGCCUGGGACUCAGUUAUAACACAGAUGGUCUGAAUAGGAGCUGAUGGCUGAGAGAAAAUCACUUAGAGCUUCCCCAUGUAGCAUUCUCACCAGGAUUGUGUACAGUGUAUGUAACUAUUCCUUAGCAACACAACUGCUUAUGAAGAGGUCUGUAUCAGUAGACAUGCAUACUGCUGACAAUAAGAAAAGACCCAACUCUGUUGGAUGUAACAAACACUUCAGAGGUUCUGGAAUGGGUUGAGGGAGGGUUCAGAAAUAACAAGUUAUUGUGGUUUUCUCCUAUCUUUCCCAAACUGUCAUUCUCAGCAAUUUGGGGAGGGGGUGUGUGAAUAAUACUUGUGAUCAAAAAACCCCUUCUAUGAUUCCAGGUGUCAUUGUAUAAGUAAUGUUCAGUGAAAGAAAAUAACCUUUU